CUCUAUGCCUCUCUAUAGCGUCUAUAGCUAUCUAGUUCUCACUCUUCGAGUGUCAGGUGAAUUUUAAAUAGUAUUUCUCUACGAGUGCGAUGGUCAUGAUGAUAAAUAUGUAUAUCUCAAUGUGAACGUGAUACUGUAUUCAUUUGCGUUCACACAACAUCAAUACACAGAAUCAUCAAUAAAAAGACUAAAUAUCAGAAAUAUACAAUGUCGGUCGUCAAGGACAAUAUGGAUGAUGACUUGGACUCGCUUCUGUUCGUCGAAGAAAAGUUCCACAGAGAGGGAUUUCAAGAAGGUCUAAACUUUGGGCGAGAAGCCGCCGGACAAGAAGCUCAUAUGUACGGUAUGGCCAAAGGUGAUCAACUGGCGUCUGAACUGGGGUUCUACCGUGGGUUUGCUUCGAUGUGGGGUGCCUUAUUGAACGAGGGGGAAGCAUGCGGAAACUCAUCACCAAUGCCACGAGCAGGUAAAGUGCUGACAGCAUUCCAAGCCCAGUUGGAUGAGAUCGACACUACAAUCGCGAUCACGCCACACAAUACGGACCUUCCUAAACUAUUUGCGAGACUGCGUACAAAGUUCCGACAAUGUACCACGUUAUUAAAAGUGGACCAGAAUCAUAGAAGUGCAGCGCCUCCGCACUUCAUACGCUUGGCGGAUGACGCCGGAUAUUAGUUUUCCGAUUGAAGAUCGAUGGCUCGCUCACACACGUACUUUUAAGCGCUUCCUUUAGAGAGGCGUUAGGUGUGCUGUUAAGAGUUGUUGUAUGCCAAAAAAAAUCAACAAAAAUAGUUUAGUCAAGCAAGUUAACGUUUGGGACACGGUGUAGGCUUUUCAAGUGAGAAGAAAAUUCUGUCACUAGUGUUCUCGACUGUCAUAUUCAUGAAAAAUGAAUAUUGUUGUCAAUAUUCAGGUUCGAUUGGCAGUAAUUAUAAUCGACUAGAUGAUCAAGCAAAUCUAUUAGAAGCACGAUCGAGCAGGACGCAACCAAUAAACACCCAUCAAUUCCGA